GUUCUCCUUAUAUUCAACUGGAUCCCUCUUGGAUUUCUCUAGUAUCACGCAUCAUGAAGCUCUCAACCGUAUUUUACGCCUUUCUGGCAUCAAGCACCGUAUCGGCCCUGCCCUUGGAGUCUGAUAUUACAGAUAUCUCUGUCCGUGCUGACUCUAGUCUUGUGGGUUACCUUGGAGUCUUCUUCCUGGGAGACGCACCAAAUGUCUACUUCUACUUGAGCAAUGGAAACAAUGCGCUCUCCUUCAAAGCUUUGAAGGGCGGUCAGGCAAUUCUCGACCCAUCUUCCGGUACGGGCGGAGUCCGCGAUCCGUCUAUUAUCAACGGUGGUGGAUCUGAGGCUGGCAAAAAAUGGUAUAUCAUGGGAACCGAUUUAGAUAUCGCAAAGACCACCUGGGACGCAUCUCAGCGUAAAGGGUCUCUCAGUAUUUAUAUCUGGGAAAGCACAGAUCUAAUUAACUGGGGCUCUGAGAGGUUGAUAAAAGUUGAGAACGACCAAGCUGGAAUGGUGUGGGCGCCUGAUGCAAUUUGGGAUGCGAGCAAGGGUGAGAUCCCAAAACCUGUCUUAGAAGGCGAUGGUUAUAUUGACACCUCUCCAGGCCAAUACUUGGUUCACUGGGCAUCCAAAUUCUACUCCACGUCCGACUCCCAGCACACUGGAACCCCUGGUGCCAGCCAAAUCCGAUAUGCUUACACCAGCGACUUCAAAACCUUCACCUCGCCACAGACUCUCAUCGCCGCCUCAACUCCCGUCAUCGACCUAGCAAUCUUACAGCUACCACAAUAUGGCGCCAAUAGCUACGCACGCUUCCUUAAGGAUGAGUCCGCCUCACUCGUCUACAUGGAACGGUCAGACAACGGUUUAUUCGGUACCUGGACACGACCCGGCGGCGCCUCGGCUUGGAUUCACACUCAGGUUGAGGGCCCAUACGCCUACCUAGAUAAUCAAGUUAAUGGGAAGGUCAACCUGCUGUUAGAUUAUUAUGGCAGUGAUGGGUACAGGCCAUUUACGUCAACGAAUCUGAAUGCCAAUGCCUGGGUGGAUGGGGAUCGAACGAAUUUCCCAACGUACUUGAGGCAUGGUUCGGUUAUUGGAAUCAACCAGGCGAGAUAUGAUGCGCUGAAUGCGAAAUGGGGGGCUCAUGCUCCUCCAGAUACCGCCGCCAAGCACCCACGCCUGACGGCCGCUGAGGUGACGGCAUUGCCUAGCUACCCAUCAGUGACGUGGAAACUUCAGCCAACACAGGAGGGAAAGUUGAAAGUUGCAGAGGGGAGAGGAGGUCCUUUGAACAUUUCAUGGGAGGUACACGGAACGGGAAAGACGAAGGUUAUAGCGAUCACAGGACUUGGAGCCAACAAGGCAGCAUGGCAACGCCAAACAUUAAGGUUUGGCCACGAGCAGGGAGAUCAGUACUCCUUCUUGAUCUUCGAUAACCGCGGUAUUGGCCGCUCUGACAAGCCUGUCAUGCGCUACUCGACCUCCGAAAUGGCGAAGGAUGUUGUCGAGCUCGCAGAUCACUUAGGCUGGACUCAGGAGCGGGAAUUGCACGUUAUUGGGGUGUCAAUGGGCGGUAUGAUCGCACAGGAACUCGGUCAACUCAUACCCGAGCGCAUAUGCUCACUUUCUCUUUUCUCCACUCUUGCACGUUUCCAGCGCACCGUCCCUUUCCUGCAAAAUGUACGUAACAGAGUCAGCAUGUUUUUGCCCAAGUCCCUUGAUCGCACCAUCAUCGACGUCGCCUACAACAUGUUCCCUGACAGCUGGCUCGACGCUCCCGACACCCUACACCUGCCUUCCUCAACCACACCCGGCUGCCUCCCUGCCGCCGGCCACACGGACUGGGAGUCGGGCGCGUACGGCCACUUCCCGACCAACUUUGCGCGCAUCGCAGCGCAAGAUCUAGAGAAGCGUUCGGAUACAGACAGCUUUGGACCGAAGGGUUUCAUUUUACAAGCCAUUGCUGCGGGGUGGCAUGACAUGAGUCCAGAGCGGCUGAAGGAGCUUGGGGACAAGGUGGGGAGGGAGAGGAUUUUGGUUGUGCAUGGAACCGAGGAUCGCAUGCUGACGUUCCCUCAUGGGGAGGCUCUAAUAAAGCAACUGGAGCCUGGACAGAGUUACGUGAGGGAGGGGAGGGGACAUGUUCUUUUGAUAGAAGAGCAGGACUGGCAUGACGAAACUAUAGCGAAAUUAUGGGCGAAGACUGCUUCGUUAUCGUGUGAUGAACGGCGCCCAUCAUGCGUCAAUUGUACCACGUCAGAGCGUUCCUGUCUUUAUCUUGAUACUGGGCGCAAGCCGCCGAUUGUAUCGCCUGCUUCACCGGCCAGUUCACCAGCUUUGAGCAACGCAAGUCAUGCAAGUUUUGCUGGUUCUCCAGCUGCCACUUCGGCCACGGCAGUACGUGUGAACGGCUCCUUUUCACCUCUUGGAAGCUCGCCAGUGUCAUCGGACCGCCAAAGCCAAUUCACGCCAUCUACCAUUUCUCCAGUUAUUGCCGGUUCAACGAUUGGAGAAGCACUGCCUCAUGGGGUCAAUGGCACGGUUAACAUGCUGCAUAUGGAGCUCCUCUACCACGCAUUGCAGGAGAAGUCUUUAUACGUCGGCGCCAGCCAAAGUUAUUCCCAGACCAUGACCGAUAUGGUAAUUCCGCCAGCUUUGACCCAUCCAUUCCUAAUGUACGAAUUACUUGCGUUGUCAGCCCUUCAUCUCGCCGUGGUACAGCCAAACCGACAACAACUUCUUGAGAGCGUCGCUGCAGAACUUCAAACAGUCGCCCUCUCAUCAUUCAAUCAAACAUGCCAUCAAGUUACACCAACCAACUGUCUCCCAAUGUUCGUUUUCUCCUCGUUCAUAGGUAACCAUGUAUUCUACACCACGUUCAAAUAUCACAGCGACAACUUCCACAGCUUCCUCGAAGAGUUCGUCAAGUAUAUGCAAGUCCACCGCGGUGUCCGGUCCGUUAUUUCCAACAACUGGGAGAUGCUACGCGAAUUAUCAGCUAAAGCGCUCAUGCUCGAGGAUGAGAGCGAUUUGCCACAGCGCGGCCAACCGCAGGGUAACGAGUGCGACAGCCUUCGCCACCUCCUCGAGGCAGCUGACAUUAGCCCCGCGACCAGAGAAACAUACAUGCAGGCCGUCGAGAGCCUACAAUGGGGGUUUGACGCCCAGCGCGUGCGACAUGUAGUUGGUCUAGCGUUUGCCUGGCCGAUUCAAAUUUCCACUGAGUACUUGGAUCUGUUGAAGCAGCGCAGGCCGGAGGCGCUCGCUAUUUUGGCACAUUUCGCUGUGAUGCUGCAUUCGCAUCGUGACGCCUGGCUGGUUGGGGGUUCUGGGAGGUAUAUUAUCGAGUCUAUCUCGGGGUACUUGGGAACGUAUUGGGAGAAUUGGUUGGCUUGGCCGAGUGCGGCUCUUGCCGAGUCUUCUACGCCUGCGGAAUAG